AUGAUUGCAAAAAUCUCCGACCCCUACAGUUUCCUAGACGACUACAGCGAGGGCGCUCACCCGAGCCUGCUGGAAGCCCUCCUGCGCACCAAUGCCACCCAACAGACCGGCUAUGGCAGCGACGAGUAUACGCGAGACGCCAAAGAGCUGCUCUUCUCACAAUUAGAAACCUCAGAAGACGAGGUCGCCAUCCAUUUCGUCCCCAGCGGGACGGCAGCGAAUCUGAUCUCAAUUGCCAGCUGUCUCCGGCCGUACGAGGCUGUUCUGGCCGUGCAGACCGGACACAUUAUUGACAAAGAGGCCGGGGCGAUUGAAGCUACAGGACACAAGAUUAUCCCUGUCCCUGGGGUGAGGGGCAAGAUGACGCCGGAGAAUCUGGAGACGGUGCUGGGGCAGAAUACUUUCUUUCCUCAUAUGGCGAAGCCGAGGCUGGUUUACAUUUCCAAUGCGACGGAGGUUGGGACGAUAUAUUCGAAGCGAGAACUCAGAAGAUUGUCUGAGACGUGUCGACGGCGAGAUCUGCUGCUGCUGGUGGACGGGGCGAGACUGGGGGUUGCAUUGACGGCGGAGACGAACGAUGUGACACUGCGCGACAUGGUGGACUACACGGAUAUCUUCUGGAUAGGAGGGACCAAGAUGGGAGCUCUACUGGGCGAGGCGAUUGUUGUGCGACGCACGCUGGCGGAAGGGUUCGAGUUCCACAUGAAGCAGCGAGGAGCGCUACUGGGCAAGUCGCGGAUUAUGGGCGUGCAGUUCCGCGAGUUAUUCCAGGAUGGACUGUAUUUCGAGCUGGCUCGACAUGCAAAUGGGAUGGCGAGGCGGAUAGCAGCCCAGUUUGUGCGCAAGGGGUGGCAGCUGGCGGCGGAGACAGAGACAAACCAGGUGUUUGUGGUUGUACCGAACGAGAUGCUGCCAUUAUUAGAAGAGAGAAUCCGGUUCUAUGCGUGGGAACGGAGGACAGACACGACAGUGAUCCGCAUAGUGACUUCGUGGGCGACGCAGGAGGAGCAGGUCGACCGGUUGUGUGGCUGGAUUGCCCUCUAA